CCACAGAGGAGGAGGAGGAGGACACGGCAGUGAGGAAGACGCUGGGUUUGCAUAGAUCCUAUCAGGCUGUCAGUAUCAGGCGGUGCGGUCUAAGUGCUGGAGGCUGAGGGUGGCUGUGGGAAGUUCCUGAUCUGCAGCCGGAGCGCUCACUUGGACACAAAGUCUGGCUCUCACACGCUGAAGGAUAUAAUACCGCUGUGACCCCCUCCCUCCUUCCCACCACACCACCACACCACACCCCGGUUGGAAACAGGAGUGUCCGUCGUGGCAGCACCUCUGGGGUUGGAAGGAGGUGGGUGUCCGGGCCUCUGGCGGGAUGGUGGCGCUGGAGUGUCCGCCUCAGGAGUGGGCCUGGCGGGCGCUUCUGCUGCUGACCGGACUCACAACGCUGAGCUGGGGCUCUGACGCCAACAUGUUGGACACGAUGCUGCUGCGGAACGGAUGGAAAGGAGGAAAUGAGCGACGAGUGGAGGAGAGCACCAGUACUGUCACUGUGUCAGCGCAGAACAUGCUCUGGUGUCACUGCUACCACCACUGCCCUGAAGACUCAGUCAACAACACCUGCAUGACUGACGGUUAUUGCUUCACCAUGGUGGAGGAGGAGGAGGGUGGUCUGGCCGUCCUCACUGCAGGAUGUCUGGGAUUGGUGGGCUCGGAGUUCCAGUGCAGAGACACGUGGAACUCCCGUCACAGACGAGCUCUGGAGUGUUGUACGGACCGAGACUACUGCAACAGAGACCUGCAGCCCACUCUGCCCCCACUCAGGACGUCUGAUUACAUGGACAGCAGUAUCCAGUACAUGGCUCUGCUGGUCUCGGUCACUGUGUGCAGUAUCAUCCUGGGCCUCAUCCUGGUCUUCUGCUACUUCAGAUACAAACGGCAGGAGUCCCGGCCACGCUACAGUAUCGACCUGGAGCAGGAUGAGACCUACAGCCCCCCCGGGGAGUCCCUGAAAGACCUGAUCGAGCAUUCCCGCAGCAUCGGGUCAGGGUCUGGGUCAGGACUCCCUCUACUGGUGCAGCGUACCAUCGCCAAGCAGAUUCAGAUGGUGAAGCAGAUCGGAAAAGGACGCUACGGGGAGGUGUGGAUGGGCAAGUGGAGAGGAGAGAGAGUGGCAGUCAAAGUGUUCUUCACCACCGAAGAGGAGAGCUGGUUCAGAGAGACCGAAAUCUACCAGACCUUCCUGAUGAGACACGACAAUAUACUGGGUUUCAUUGCGGCCGACAUUAAGGGAACCGGCUCCUGGACUCAGCUGUACCUGAUCACAGACUAUCAUGAGAACGGGUCCUUGUACGACUACCUGAAGUCCAACACCUUAGACAUGAAGUCUCUGCUCAAACUGGCCUACUCGUCCAUCUCGGGCCUGUGUCACCUGCACACGGAGAUUCACGGCACACAGGGCAAACCGGCCAUCGCACACCGAGACCUGAAGAGUAAGAACAUCCUGGUGAAAAAGAACGGCUCCUGCUGCAUAGCGGACCUGGGACUGGCUGUCAAAUUCAACAGUGACACUAAUGAAGUGGACAUCCCCCCCAACUUAAGAGUGGGCACCAAGCGCUACAUGCCCCCCGAAGUGUUGGACGAGUCUCUGAACAGGACCUACUUUCAGUCCUUCAUGAUGGCAGACAUGUACAGCUUCGGCCUCAUCCUCUGGGAGAUAGCACGACGCUGCAUCACAGGAGGUAUUGUGGAGGAGUACCAGUUACCCUAUUACGACCUGGUUCCCACUGAUCCCUCCUAUGAGGACAUGAGAGAAAUUGUGUGCAUCAAGAAGCAAAGACCUUCAUUUGCUAAUCGCUGGACCAGUGAUGAGUGUCUACGGCAGAUGGGGAAGCUCAUGUCGGAGUGCUGGGCCCAUAACCCCGCCUCUCGCCUCACGGCCCUGCGGGUGAAGAAGACCUUGGCCAAGAUGCUGGAGUCCCAAGACAUCAAACUGUGACAGAGAGACAAGAGACGUCCUGUCAUCACCCACAGAGUCGUCGAGGCCGCCGGCACAGCGCCACCAACACUGGCCGAUCGAGGACAG